AUGAGUUCCGAGCUGCAACUGGUUCAGAAGGUGUGGGAGCGCAUUCGCGCCAACAGCCCCAUCUAUGAAUUCCUGUUGAGCGAAGUCGACAUCUACGAGGCUGAGCCUGCAGUGGUGCGGGCGCGCUUGUUGGUCACCCCCCGUCAACUCAACUCCAAGGGUACCCUUCACGGUGCUUUUUCAGCCACUGUGACCGACUGGGCAGGUGGUCUGGCGAUAGCAUCCUGUGGGCAUGAGGCGACGGGCGUCAGUACGGAUAUCCACGUCAACUAUUUGUCGACGGCCACGGCGGGUGACUGGCUGGAGAUUGAGAGUCGGGCCAACAAGGUCGGGAAAUCGUUGGCUUUUACGACUGUGACCAUUUCGAAGAAGACUGACUCAGGGUUGACGAUUGUCGCCCAGGGAUCUCACACCAAGUAUGUUCGGGCACGAUGA